GGGGGACCCAGACCCUCCCCACAACAAAACCUGCGCGCAGGCGGCUGGCGGUUCGGCGGUGGUCCCCGCCCUCUUGCCACCUGCCACCACCCCCGCCGCGGCCGCUCCCGGCCCUGCGCGGCGCUCCCCUGCGCUGCCCCAGGGUCAGGCGGAGGACCGCCUGGGCCUUUGGCAAACUUCUCUCGCCGACACCGCGCUGCCUCGCGAGACCCGAGGCCGGGCCGUGGCCGCAGCGAGCAGCAGGAAGGGAGCGGCCGCUGCGGAGGACGCCCGGCCGACUUGGUGCCGGCGGCCCUCCCUGGUUGGGCCCAGAGGGCGGCGGUGGCGGGCCCCGCGGCCUUGUUUCAGUACGGAGCCUGCCGGAUACCGGACCUGGCGGGGAAACUGCAUCCGCGGCCAGACCCCCGAACCCUUCAGUGGCAGCCACUGUCCAUCCUUGGUACCGGCAAUGGCCUUCUUAUCGCCGGAUGCACUUGUGACUGAUUUGGACACGGAGUAAUAAGAACACAAUCGCUUCCAACCCCAUCCCAGUCACGCCGGCCGUGACCACUUCGACUCAGUUGGGCUUGACUGCUGCUCCUUUUGACUCUGUCCGACUUUGGGGGCACCAUGGACCAAAGUGGGAUGGAGAUUCCUGUGACCCUCAUCAUUAAAGCACCGAAUCAGAAAUACAGUGACCAGACUAUUAGCUGCUUCUUGAACUGGACCGUGGGGAAACUAAAAACGCAUCUAUCUAACGUGUACCCUAGCAAACCAUUGACGAAAGACCAGAGAUUGGUGUAUUCUGGCAGACUGCUUCCUGAUCAUCUGCAGCUAAAAGACAUUCUCAGAAAACAAGAUGAGUAUCAUAUGGUUCACCUAGUAUGUACUUCUCGGACUCCUCCCAGUUCUCCAAAAUCCAGCACCAGUAGAGAAAGCUAUGAAGCAUUGGCAUCCAGCAACAGUUCUAGUUCAGAUCAAUCAGGAUCAACAACUCCAUCAUCCAGUCAGGAACCCCUGUCGUUAGCUGCCAGUUCACCCUCAGAAGGAUUAAGGCAACGUACCCUUCCACAAGCACAAACCGACCCAGCACAGAGUCAUCAGUUCCCAUAUGUAAUGCAAGGAAAUGUAGACAACCAACUUCCUGGGCAAGCUGUUCCUGCUGGGUUCCCUGUAUAUCCUGCUUUCAGCCCACUGCAGAUGCUGUGGUGGCAACAGAUGUAUGCUCAUCAGUAUUAUAUGCAAUAUCAAGCCGCAGUUUCAGCUCAGGCCACAUCAAAUGCCAGCCCAGCCCAGCCUGCUGCUUCACAGCCGCUACAUUUGGCACAUGUUCCUGGAGAAGAGCCCCCGCCAGCUCCAAACCUAGUUGCCCAAGAAAAUCGACCAAUGAAUGAAAAUGUUCAAAUGAAUGCACAGGGUGGUCCAGUGCUAAAUGAGGAAGACUUCAAUCGAGACUGGCUAGACUGGAUGUACACAUUCUCCCGAGCUGCAAUUCUCCUUAGCAUUGUAUACUUUUAUUCUUCUUUUAGUCGGUUUAUCAUGGUCAUGGGAGCCAUGCUACUGGUUUAUUUACACCAAGCUGGAUGGUUUCCUUUCAGGCAAGAAGGAGGUCAGCAACAGGCUCCCAAUAAUAAUGCUGAAGUUAAUAAUGAUGCGCAAAAUGCAAACAACCUAGAACUUGAAGAAAUGGAACGUCUUAUGGACGAUGGACUUGAAGAUGAAAGUGGAGAAGAUGCAGGUGAAGAUGCCAAUGCAAUUCAAAGACCUGGAUUAAUGGCAUCAGCUUGGUCUUUUAUCACUACCUUCUUUACUUCACUGAUACCAGAGGGGCCUCCUCAGGUUGCCAAUUGACCUGAAAAACUGUACCAGCCGCAAAGGGAGGGCCUGACUUUAGGAAAGUGUUUUGAAUAACAGUGCAAUUUCAAAAAAUUUAUAACUUUCUUUUCAUCAUCAUGUACAGAGGUUUUCUUUUUCUUUAAGCUUCUUAUGCAUAUGAAUAUUUUAAGCACAAUGGACUACUAAAUCUGUGAUUUUUUUUUUUUGAGAUCCUAACAGAGUAUAACAAUAUUGGUCUUCCAGGUUUUAUUAAUUUCAAUUAUGUAUAUUAUAUCAAGACAGACUUAUUUGUGUAUCUUAUUUCUUUAAAGAGCUGCUUUACAUAUAAAUGUCUAUAACUGGUAGCCCAUCCCUUCAGUGUGUUAUUUGAAUAAAUAUAUCUAUUUUCUGUGAAUUGUUCUGAAAGUUUUAAACAAAUGACCUCAUAGUUUUUAAUAAAGAAUAUUAUUUACCUGAAAUGUGCUAGUAGAAUCUUGCCUAACAGAAAGCAAUAAACUUCUCAACAAUUUAAAUUUGACACUGAGUAAAUAAUGAAACUUUCUAUUCCAAGGGCAUAUAUCCCAUAGUUGGAAUUAGUACUUAAAAAAAAAAAAGGCAGCUCUUCAAUGGAAUUAGUAGAGAUAAAAUGUUUGAUACAGGCAGUACUUUUAUAAAAUAAGACAUGCCGGAAAUAACUUCCUGUAAUUUUUUAAAA